GCUGCAGUGUGAGCCGGGGGCUGCAGAAAGGCACUGAAAUGUCAGUAGGGGCCAAAUCCAGCCCGGUACAUUGAUGACUUGCCCAGGCCAUCACUCGUCCCCUUAGUUUUGCAGCUCCAGCUCGCAGCCCAUUUCAGCAGGUGUAUCCCAUGGCUCUGGGACAACGGGGUGACAGCCCCACCUCCCCAGAGAGCCUUCCUCCCCCAUGCCCAUGGCCAGACCAGGGCCACCACCUGCCCUCCACCACCAGCUCUGGUUGAGCCCAGCAUCUCCUGACCGGGAGCAGCCCUGUCGAGGCACGGCACACCCCUGUUCUCCAAGGAAAGUUGCUGGAGGGGAGGGCAGGGACCAACCUGCAGGAAACCCCAACUCUUCAGGGGAGAAAAUAGUCCUUAUAUGGUUGCAUCCCUCAGACUUAUCCCAGCGUGGCCAUCCCCCUUGUCACCCCCAAACUAGCUACCACCACGAGGGGUGCUGGCUCUGCACUGGGGUCAGCCACACGUGUAUGCACUGAUGGGGUGGGGAGACCUCCCUCAUCUCCUUGGGAGCCUUCCUCUUCCCUGCCAGGGCACCACCACCCAAAACUGCCCUUCUCUCUUCCUGCCACUUCUCUCUGCCCAAAGGCAUCCUUUCCCAUUGCUAACUCCAGGCAGAUCCCUGCUCCCUCCUUUUUAAGAGGCUCAGGGAAAGCCAGCAGCAGCCAAGGCGGGGGGUGAGCUCCGAAACCAAGCAGAAAAAGGAGCAUCCUGAUAGCUUCAUUGGUAUUUUAAGGCCAGCUCUUGCCCCACUCAGGGUUUUAAACCAGGAUCCAUCAUUUCUCUGUAAAGCAGAGCAGAGGCACCAGGACCAAGCUUAUUCCUUGGUCCUGGUGCCUCUUCCUUAUGAAGAUCCCUUUGAUCUCCACAUCUUUCCUGAACUUAAAAAAAGGCUAUACUGAUGGCCUGGAGACCCGAUUACGGGAAAAGGCAAGUAGUCAGAAAUUCUGCCUCUAGUUCAGGGAGAGGAGCCCUGCCUUUCCCAGCCUGAUGUACCCAGCGCACCCCUAAUAGCAGGGGCCAGAACAUCAUUUUACCCUUCUGAAAGUGGUUAGGGAAAAUGGAUGUGCUUCCGACCUCCUGCUCUGAUGGCUUUUAAUGACAGCCAUACCAGCAGUCUCACGCUGGGGCUUUGUCAGCUUUGCAGCAAGCAAAGGUGGUAGUGACAGUACUGCAAACCUUCCCCCAGUAAUUAACCAUCUCCAGUCAGACACAUCAUUGCUGCCACCAUCGUUUUUCUCCCUUUUUUUUUGUCCCUGGGUUUGUAACACAGCUGCUCUCGCAGCUGCCAGACGGCUCCUGCGCUGGGGCUGUCGAGGGGAGCUGGGCAGUGAUGCUGCAGCAGCGGGGGGGGAUGCGGGGGGGGUCUGUUGGCUCCCCCGGGGAGCGGGGCUGCAGUGCCGGAGCUGGCUGUGGGCUGGGGAAACUGGGAAGGUCCAGAUUCCUGGGGGCCAGGAAAUUGGGGCGGCGGGGGGGGGGGGGUGUCCUUGCUUCCCUGCCCUUUCAACGCCUAGAGGCUGGGCAUCGGGUUCACCCAGGUCCCCCCGGCCACUGCUGCGGAGGGGUGGUGAGACCAUGUGUCCAGCACAGAUGCUCCCUCAAAGGGACCGGUACCCGCCAUGGGGACAUGCCACUCACCCGGGCACCACUGGUCCCCCUGUGGCUGCAGGCAACAGUCCCAGCAGCAAUUCUGCAUCAGGGACCCAUCGCCCACCAGCUGCUGGAAGUAAGACGGAGGCUUCCCUGAGGAUGGAGGCAGCCACCUCCGCUCCAGCCAGGUUCUCGCUCCCUUCCCAAGACACCUUGGGUCCCACAUGGCGUGGUUUGACCGUGGGGAGCUGCUCCUGCGGCAAGCGGCAGCUCGUACCCAGGGCCAGCGUGGCUGUCACCCACCCCAGGCCACUGUCCUCCGAGCAGGAGGAGAAGGAAGGAGCCAAGCUCCCUCCUGUGGCCGCCGGCACCGGGUCCCACCGGGCUGCUCAAGGCUGGGAAGGGGCCGGUGAGGAAUCGCCCUCGACCCUCUCCCCUCCCCGGCCUCCUGGAGCCAGGACCUCCCUUUGGAAGCCCCUCUUUUGCAGGGAUGCAAGGAGGGAUCCUGGUGCUGUGUUCAGCCCUCGGACCGACCGAGCCCCCGGUAACAUUAAAGUGGUGUGUAGGUGGGGGGAACCACCGACCGCCUCCAUGAGCCGCAGGGUCACGCCUGGUCAACACCAGGAGCCAGGCUGGCACUGGAGCUGUGCAGGACCCCAUGGCUGUAGCUGCUUUCUCUACUGACCCUGCUGGAACCUGCCACGCACCCGGGCAAAACCGCAGAGGACAGCAGUUUCCCACGCCACCUUCCUUCACAUCACCCCGUACCGCGUCACUGCCGUCAUCUGGUAUCUGCCUUCCUCCUCUUCCUCCUAAUUUGGGGAGGGGAGAGCUGUUUGGGGCCGGUACAAGUGGGGCAGCUACGUCAUCUGCCCUGCUCACCCACCAGGACCCCCACUCCAGGCUGGGCUGUCCCCCCAGCCCUUUCCUUGUCCCCCACGUCCUCCAAGCAGGGGACAAGGGUCUGGCCAUCCAACAUCAGGAGUCCAGGGGGAAAGUCCAUGGGAAGAGGUGCCCAGGGCUGCUUUACCCAGGGGAGGUUUUGGGGGAUGCCAAGAGGGAAGGGGGCUGAUGAGGGUGCCAGGCUGCUCUGACUGCUCCAGUCCCUGAACCUCUUCAGUGCAGGAGGUUGCUCUUUAAGUCCCUCUUUCCUCCUGUAAGCGCCUUAGGGAGCAGGGGCAAGAGAUGCUCGUGCUUUUUAUAGCAGCUGUAAUCCCCGCUGCUCACACUGCCUGUGCCCUCCCACCCCGAGGCCCAUGGCUGAGCCUCCAAAAUGGGGGCAGCUGCCCAAAAACUGCCUUAAACCCCUUUAGUUCCCAGCAUCCUACCUCUCUCCCAGGGCACAGAUCCUGGCUGGGGCUGGUUCUGGGCUCAAAAUCCCUUUGCAGAAGACAUUGGAGGGCCACAAACGUUGCACGCCCCUCCCAGUCACAGCACUCUGCUGGGAAAAGACAGACAGACAGAUGUACAGAGACAGAUGGAUGACCACCAGAGCAGCUGCCCAGCCUCUCUGCUCUGCUCUGAGACUCAUGGAGCUGGAAUCAGCCCCACGGCACAGCCACAAAAAAGCCUCCAAGAGCAGGAGAGCCUGGGGAGGGCUGGGAGUUUCUUUCUUUUCUAAUCCCCCCCGCCUUUAACAAGAGGGAAACUGAGGCAGGGAGGGAGUGGGGAAGGAGCAGAGUGCUCCUGGCCCUGCAGUGCAGGAGCAGAGCCCUUUGCAGGGCAGCUGAUGAGCUUUAAAGGCUGAUGAAGCUCCACGCUUGGAUGCAACCCCCGAGACCUGAGCUUCAGCAUUUUAUCAGGGUGGUUUUAGUGCUUUGGUGGCUGGUUUCCUUUACUCAGGCUGCACCCGCAAAGCCAGGAGUGGCAUUUGGGCCAUCCAGGCUUCAUCCCUGGGGAUGAAGAGAACUAGGGAAAAGGGAUAUGAAACAAGGCAGUAGGAGGUUUGGUGGGGCAAGAGCGGGUGCCUGGCAGAGGCAUAUUCAACCUACUGUCCCUGUCCUGGUGGCCAGCGCGGUCCCCCCACCCAGCCCUGGUCCUGGUUCCCCCCCAGGACCACGUCCAUCCAUGGAGGACAGCAAGCGCUGCAGCUGCUUUGCUCCCAUUUGGGGACAUCCAAUUCUGGUCCUGCUCCCCAUCCUUCCCCACUGGUGUCCCCAAUGGGGACGUAUCCCAACAUUCCCCUGAGAGGUGGCCGUGCAGCACGAAGCCAUCAGUCCCGGCCAGGCAGCGUCCCUGCCUUCCCCUGCCAGCCCCUGCUGCCCUCCUGGCUGCCGUGUGAUUUCUCCCUUAAGCAGCUGAGCUUUUACGUCUCUCUAGCCAGAAGACCCCCUGACUCUGCACCCUGCCAGGGGGAAGCCAACACGUCUUUUAACCUCUUACUGUUUCUGUUUUACUGCCUACGGCAGAUGCAAUUUUCUCCGAGCCCCGGGACCAGGGGGUCUCGCAGGAGAGGGCAGCAUGGGAAACCCUGCCUAAAACCAUUCAGACCCUGCCUACAUCACUUUCCCCUGCUGCAGGUUGCCCCUUUGCAAUACAUUUGCUGGAAUUUUCCCUUUAAACACCCCAUGGGGAAAAAAAAAACAACAACAGGGUGGUUCUUCUAGGUCAGGCUGCGCUAAGACGAUGAAAGGAGAUUAAUUUCUCAGAAAGCAAUUCAGAUUUUUCUUCCCCUCCCUGCUGAGGACCGAAGCAGAGCUGGCAGGCAGGAGGUGGCAGCAGCACACACAUGUCCUGGGCACACACAGCUUUUGGUCUCACCGCUGGGGUGGCACUGAGUGGGGGCAUCCCCAGGUCCCAGCCCUGCGUAGGAAGCGGGGUGGACUCUUACCAAAUGAUGGCUCACACCGGUGGGAAGGAGAAGGUGGCACCUCUGGGACCCUCAUGGUCUAGGGUGGGUGCCCACCACCGUGGGAGGACGAAGGGGAGAGCUGUGCCGCCACUCCCUUUCAACACCCAGCAUCCCCAAGCCCAUGCCCGUCCUCGUCACCUACCCAUGCCCACACACCCGCGAGACUCCAAGCAGUCACGCUUGUUUUUCACUCCCAAGGAGCACCGGGAAGCUCUAAAGCUGGAGGAUUAGUCUCCAAAGCAAAGGCCUGGCCCACUGCCAGCCUGGGCAGGGAACAGUCCGGGGAGGUCUUUCCCAAAGGCUCAGCUUGCUCCUGGCUCACGCUCCAGCUUUGUCCCCGUGUUCACCAGCCUCCCGGUCACUCAGCCGCUGACACCAAGAGCAGUCUCGGGGGGAGCUCAGGGGGGUCCCACAGAUGGAGAUGAGGCAGGAGAUUACCAUGAGACUCCUGCUUGGUGCCUGAGCUGCCCUGGGCAGUUGGAGCAUCCCCGGCCCAGUGUGGCUUCUCCGGUGUGUAACAGAGGUCGAGCACACGCUGCAAUCCCUUUCCUUAGAAGAUGGGCACUGGGGGACAUCUCUCCCUGCUCCUCGGCUGCCUCUUUGCACAAAACCUGUAGGAGGUUCCUGCCUUGGAGACCUGUAACCCUGAGCCAGUGGGAAGGAAAAGCUGGAAAUGCAGGACACAAGAACCCUCUGCUGGGCUGGUUUAACCCCAUACUGGGGGGUCCUGAGCUGGGUGUGGGGAGCGGGCUGGGCGAGAGGUGCUGGCCGGAGGAGAGCUGGAUGAUGGGGCCAGGCUGGAUGCCAGCUCCCUCGGGACUGGGACUGAAUGCCGUCCUGAACUGGAGGUGGUUUUGGCAUCACAAGGCUCUCCCUGGGGAUCACUGCUUUGCUCCGACCGGCACCAACACUUCAGCCUUUCUCAGGAGACCAUCCCGGCUGCCAAAAUACAGCUGGCUGAGAGCAGGGCUUGAGGGCAUGACCAGCCCUUCCUGCCCCAUUUAUUGACCUCUCCUGCCUCAUGCUGCCUGCAACGGGUCAGGCAGCGCAAGCCCAGGGCUCUGCUCGCAGCGCUGCUCCCCGGCAAAGGUUACGAGAACCGUGGGGUGCGUGGGCUCGCUGCUCCCCCACGGACUGGGGUGGCCUGAGGGACACCCCCCCACUGCCACUGGUGUCACCGGGUCACUUCAUCGCACUGCUCUGGCUGAAAACUUUCUCUCGAGGGGUUUGAUGUUCAGGCAGUUCACACUGCAAAGCAGCCCGUGCUCAGCUUGGGGGAACCGACGGGCAGGACGCCGUCAGUCCUGGGUUAGACUUGCUUCAUCUGGACCUUUUCUUAUCUUUUCAUCUCCGAGCAGCGGGUGCCAGAGGCAGGGCCACGGCAGGGAGGUCUGAGACAAGCUGGUGCUUGUGCACAGCCCCCAUUUUAGAGCAGCCCCAAGCUGCUCGGAGUUUGCCUCCCGGCAUCUGUCCCCUGAGCGAUGCACAGGGAAUGGCAUAAGGAAUAACAGGGAGCAUCCCCUGCCAAAGCACCGAGGAGGGUGGGGGUGCCAGGAUCCGGCCCCGCAGUCUCCACUUGCACCCGCACGUCCCCUGCACCCACUCCCCAGGAUACCCCACGGCGAUGCACCCCACGCCAGCGAGCCCACGGGUUUUUGUGGGGCCACGGGGCUGCCAGCCCAAAGGCCACGGUGGUUGGCAGAGGGGCUGGAUGCCACCUCCCCUCCGAUCACGGGGACCGGCCUCUUCCCCUCCCCGGGAAAAGGUUAUUUUCAUGCUGCCUCCCCGCAGGAACUAACAUAAAUUGCUUAAAUGGCUGCAGCGCUCAGGGGACAGGCCCUUUUGGAGCCGAGCUGCACGCAGGGAGGGGAAAGCCCAGGGGACUUUUUAAUAACUAGCAAGGGGAGCUAUUAAAGUGUUUUACUUCCUCGUUAA